AUGGCGGCAUCUCCAAUGCCGGCGGCACUCACGACAUCCGAAGAAUCUCCCUCGGACGAGCCAUUCUCGCCCCAACAACCAGAUAUACCCACGUCUAACGUGAGACAGAUCUUCGAGGAGCCCAACAGCCGGCCGCCGACUCCUGAGAAUAGCUUCCCGGAGAGAGAACCGGCCGAGCGUGCGCAGGAGGGCCUGGCGCUCCUCCAGGCCAUCGGGCUCGGCGGAAAGCCCAAGCCGGCUUUUUUCGCCAGCCGGUCCCACCAAGGCGAUUUCAAGUUGCCGUAUCCUCUUGACAACGAGGCCUUCACUACUAAAUAUGUCAGGCCACUGUUUGAGACUGGGGGAAGCCUCCGAGUCCAAGAAGCAGAAAUCCUGGCUGCCACCGUGAUCAAGCAGGUCGACAUCAUCGAUAGCGAGUGGUGCCACAUCGCCGACUGGGCCGAUCGCCAAGAAAAGGGUACCAUCUUCAAACCUUCCGAGAGAGUCAAUGAUGUGCCCGUAGAGGGGUGGGAUUUGCGCGAAGGCCCGGCGCCGCGGCCGGCAAUCCCACUCCAAAGAAACAGCAAAAAGACAAACGCCCCCAAACGUGGGCGUGUGCGGGCGCGCAGACCCGGCCCUAAAAAGUUGAAGAGUACGUUAGGCAGCUUCCGCAUGGCCCGAAGCGUGAACAAUGUGCUCGAGAUGGCGUACUCUGUUGGAGUCAAGACGACGCUCGGGAAGAUGGAUGACCGGAAGAACGAGUGCACCCACCUUCGCUAUCGCCGCGCGCUGGCGUUGGCGAGGGCGGACAAAUGGUUGUUGGAGGAGACAGAGGCCAGUAAUAUGCUGGCAACCCUACCGGCGUGCUCCGAGAAGGCAUCGGAUCAUCUUGGAAUUACCGACGAAUAA